AAAUUCCUAUUCAUCCAGCUGAGCAUGUCGUUAAGGAUACAUACAUAUCUGUAAGUGAGAGGUCAUCAAAGAGGUCAUCGUAUAAAAUAAUAAUAACAAUUUAUUUUAUAAGCCAGUAUGUGUAGUUAAAAUACUUGAAUCACCCACUCAAUUAUAUACUCAGCAAAUAAUAAAAUAAUAAUAAUUAAACAACUAUGCAAAUUAAGGAUAAAAAAGUGAUAAUAAUUGGAACAACUGGAAAACUUGGAGUUGCAUUUUGUCGUGAAUUAUUAAGAAAUGGUGCUGGUACAAUAAUUAUUUUAGAUGAUCAAGAAAUUCAAGCUCAAUCAGCUGUUGAAGAAUUAAAUAAAGAAUUUGGAAAAAAUCGUGUCAAUUAUUUAUCAUGUGAUGUUUCAAAAAAUAUAUUGGAUUGUGUAUUUAAAGAAGCUGUUGGUAUACUUGGUGGUUUGGAUAUAUUAAUAAAUAAUGCAGAUUUAAUUAACGAAUCAAAUAUUUGUCGUGCAGUUGAUGUAAAUAUUACUGCUGUUGUUCGUGGAACUCUUCUUGGUGUUCAAGUGAUGGGAAAAGAUCUUGGUGGACGUGGUGGAAUAGUUGUUAAUGUUGCUUCAAUUUUAGGUCUUGAUGUACUUGCCCAAUUGCCAAUUUAUUCAACAACAAAACAAGCUGUUAUUAGUUUCAGUAGAUCAUAUGCUCAACCAUAUCAUUACAAUAGAACUGGAGUUAAAAUUGUUGUUCUUUGUCCUGGUGUAUCAGACUCAUGUAUCAAGGAAAAUAUUAAUAAUUUUUAUGAAGAUCCAGAAGCAAUAUCAGAACAACAGCUUACAAUUCUUCCAAAAAAUUUUUAUUUUCAUAUUGCGAGAAACAGAGUUGAAACAGUUGCACAUGGUCUUAUUUAUGCAAUUAGAUGUGCACAAAAUGGUAGCAUUUGGGUGAGUGAAGAUGGUCAACCUGUUUAUGAAAUUCAACCACCAGAUUUACUUCCUGAAAAAUCAACUGAUAAUAAUCAUACCGAAUAAAUAUAAAUAUGCAACUGUAUAAUUUCCAUUUUGAAACUUUUAAAUAAAUAUUUGAAUUUCAAGACUUUUUAAGCCAAAAUAUCUACUAGGAUCUAUAAUAAAAUUAUAAUUAUUUUACUUAUGGUAGUAUAAUAAUAAUAAAAAAAAGGUGACGAGUUCAAGUAAAUUUAAACAUGAACUUUGCGCAACAACAAUAAUCUCAAUUUUUAUAUUCGCAUAAACUUUCUCGUAAAUAUAUAUGAUAAAUUACGUUUAUCAUUAUUUCUAGUUAAUACACCCACGCACACAUGAACUUUUAUCAUCUUUUCCAUUAGCUUAUCUUUCAAAAAAAUAAUAUUUACAAUUUUCGUUCUAAUUAUAAGAAAU